UAAACCCUAAAACAAAAUUUAGAAAAAACUUUAAUUUAAAUUCAUUUAUUGGUUUACAAAAGGAAGUAAAAAAUCCUUUUAAAAUAAUUUUUUAAAAAAUAUAUAUUCAAUUUGUGUGUAAAAGUGUGUUAAGCAACAAAUUUGGAAAUCUAGUUUUUAUUUUUCCAUAACGACAGCAUGUAUUUCACCUUUAGGAUAUUUUCAGUGUGGGCGUUGGUGUGUCUGGAAAUUUCAAGUGUUUUAGCCAGCGAUCAAUAUCACAUACAAACAGAUGAGGGGCCCGAACGAUAUUUUCGUUUUCAAACUAACAAUGGUCAAUUUCGGAAAGAAAAACGUUUACAGGAUGGCACAGUCAUUGGUACCGAAGCCUGGAUAGAUGCAGCUGGUUAUUUAAGACUUAAGGAUUAUAUAGCAGAUAAGCAGGGUUAUCGAAUUUUAAAAUCAAAAGUAGUUUUUGUAGGUCAAGGCACAGAAAUUGAGGAUGCCAUUAAAUCAACCAAAGCAGUUCCUGCUCAAUCAGGGAUUUUAGUUGAUGGUAAACAUGGUUUACAAAACAGACCAAAUAGUAUCACAAGUCAUAGUUCGAAUAUUUAUGCACAAGUUACGAGUACUUUAGCACCUCCCACUGCCCCACCCGUUACCACUACCACAGAACGUCCCAUUUUGGGUUACUUAUCACCUGCUGAAGCGGCUAAACUAGAACCUACGCCCUAUUUAGGUUUCGAUCACUAUCCAAAUGAAUUGCCAGAGGCUCCCAAACACCGUCGACCAGUAGUUUAUGUACGUCCUGCUAAACAGCAAUACAAUUAUCAAUAUACGACGACAACAGAAAGAACUGAAAUACCACUGCCAUCCAUAGAUAUGGAACCUCCUAGAGAAAGUAUACGUCGUAGAAUAAGACCCAUAGUUGUGGCACCUUUAAAACCAGAACCUAUUGCAGGAGAUGAAUUAAAACAGGGAGUUUACGGCUAUUCAACACCUAAACCAUUUGAAGCUGUUAUAAGAAGUACAGCAACUCCUAAUGCUGGUUACAAUUAUGGACCCAGUGCAUAUGGUCAAUCUUCACAAAACCUGCCACUUGAUGUUAAUGCUUUGGAAGGUGGUCUAUUACCCCCCUUGCCCCCUCUCUACCAAAGGCGUAGAGUGCCGGCCCAAACCAAUAAUGAUUACACCGCCCCAGAUUACAAUGAUGUUACUGUUACGCGCAAUGGCUUCCGCUACAUUUUACCCCAUCAAUAUCACGAAGAAGAACAAAUAACUGAUACUAAAAAGGCUGGUAGUUUCGGUUAUGUAGAUCCCUUUGGUAUAAGACGUGUUGUUUAUUAUAAUGCUUCACCCGAAAAAGGUUUCAUACACAGAAAUCGCAAUCGUUAUGUCGGUCUGGGAGCACAACCCUAUGAUGAACCUCAACCUACGAAUGUGUAGAAUUGGCUUAAGACUCUAACAUCCAAUGUUAAUUAAGGUUCAUUCGCGUGCUUAAACUUCAUCUGAUACUUUGGAAAUCCUGGUAAUGCUGAUUGUCCUAUGUGUUUGUGAUUUAUAGAACACUUGGCUUACCGGGAUUUUUUUAUUUAAUUUAGUUUAUUCCAAUAACAACACUAAUCUCAUACUAAUCUCAGCUUACAAUUAAACAUUAAUAAAGUCUUUGAGCCAACAACUACAAAAACAAACCAGCCAACCUCAACGAAAUGCUUUAAAUAUUUUAUUUUUAUUUCUUUUUAUUAUUUUUUUCUAACCGAAUUUUCUGUGUUAAUUAGUUGUGUUUUUCCCUAAUUAUAUUGUGUAUUAUUUAAAAAAUAUUAUUAUAAUUUUAAUUUGUAGGAAAUAAGUACGAUACAAUUCGAAACAAACUAACUCCGUCCAGUCAGUCUUCAUACAUUUAGUCAUUCGUUCAAAUUCAUUUCACUUAUUUAAUGUUUGUACUAUGUCUGAUUUGGAUGGAUGGUUUAGUUAAAGACGAAAUACAAAAGCACUUCCAUAAUUUUUUUAAUUUUUCCAAAUAGUUUUACAUACCCCACUCCUUCACUUUAUUCCAUUCCACUAUACACUUUGCAAAGGCACAAAAAUCUAGUUAAAAACUUCCUUCCUCAAUUCAAUUGCUUAGUUAAUUUAUUUCUUCUUUUUUAUUAUUAAUAACCUACUAAAAAUUUAGAAGCUAUUUAAAUAACUAAACAAUUUGUGCAAUUUACAAAACAUGAUAACACACUUACAUACAUAUGUAUGUAGUGUGUUUUAACUAUAAACAUAAUUGUAGCGACUGAGCGAUAGCUUUGACGUUUGUUUAAAAAAAUUUCAAAGCUUUUUGUAGAUUGUCUUUUUUAAUAUAAAUGAUCUCUUACUAUAAUUCUCUAUAGUCCAUAGACUAGA